CGCGGCCACCGUCUCUCGCUCAUUGUCUUUCAGUGUACGCCCACACAGAACCGAACGCAAACACCCAGAGCGCACGGAGCACGAGGCUGCGCUAGCUGGCUGCCUCGCGCAAGCACGACAUGGCCGACGCGAACGGAUCGCCCUCGCCGUCGCCGCAGCACUCCUCCGGCGGCGAGGCCGUGACCGGCGACUUCGUGGCGGUGCCGGGCGCCGGCCCGCACGCGUCGUUCCAGGCGCUGCUCGCGUCCGUGGGCGGCCACGACCCGCACGGCGCCGUGGCGAACGUCCUGGCGCAGCGCCAGUACCAGGAGUACGAGCAGCUGUUCGGCCCCCCCGGCCCGCUGAUCCAGGCGCCGCCGCAGCCAAUGCCCCUCCAGGUCCAGGCCCCCUCGCCGACCCCGCCGCCGCCGCACUGCGCCCAGUCCAACCUGCUGAUGCCCGCCGGGACGCACAACUACCAGCACUGGCAGCCCCCCGCCCCCCAGAUCGGCGUCGCGGCGGCGCCGCGGCAGGCCCCGAUGGGACUGGGAGCAGGGGUUUUUGGGGACUGGACCAUGUACAACGUCAACAGCACGGUCGUGUCUGUCGCCUGCGGUAGCAGCAGCAGCGUCCGCGGCAACAACAACAAUGGCUACCAUCAGAGCUCCAGGCUGUGCUCCCCCACUGCAUGGCCCAACAACUUCAUGCCGCCGCCGACGAGCCCUUACAGUGUUUACCCUCAUGGCAUACAGCAGCAGCAGGGGCACCAACAAGCUAUCACCUACAAUGCCAACAAUAAUAAUCAUCAGCAAGGUAAUUCAGGCUUUGUAUCCAACUUCACGGUGGAUCCACCAUUACUACCUGCUCAGUGCUUUCAACCAAUAUCUCCGGCGUCAAACAAUCGCUCUUCUCCACAAUACCUCGACGAGGCCAGAUACGCCAAAAGGGCCAAGAGGCGCACCCAGAAGAGGAAGAAUUCAGAGGACCCGCCUGAGAUGGGAAGUGAAAACGCCAUGAUGCUAGAUGAGAAUCACAACUUCAGCAACCAGGCCCAGCAAUUUUUCACUACUAGGUUCAACUGUAAAGACUACCAUAUGAUUGUGUGGAAGGAGUUGACCAAUAGUGAUGUUGGAAAUAUUGGAAGAAUUGUAGUGCCAAAGAGGGAUGCCGAGGCUAACCUUCCAGCUUUGCUUGAAAGGGAUGGCCUGAUACUCAAGAUGGAGGACAUGAGGCUUCCUGUUACAUGGAACUUUAAGUUCAGGUACUGGCCUAACAACAAGAGCAGGAUGUAUGUCUUGGAAAGUACUGGAGAAUUUUCAAAGAACCAUAAUCUAGAGACACAAGACACCUUCAUCAUCUACAAAAGCCUUGAGUCCGGCAAAUUUCUUGUCCGUGGGGAGAAGGUGACUGGGCAGUGCCCUACCUUAAUUUGUCCGGAAUGCAAGGAGCAAGGCCGCAUUUACAACAAACAAUGCGGGUUCACCAGGAACCUGCACGCCAAGAAAAGAAGAUAGAUGCCAUCUUCAGCUCAGCACCAUCACAAUGAUGCAUGUGGUGCAUGUUGACUUGUUACAGAACACCUAGAAGCAAUCACAAAAUCAAGGAACAGCCAGAAAGCAUCGUCAAGAGAGUCGUAUCACCCUAAAUUAUCAUCGUUGACAUGUUGUACCAUUGGAACUGAAUUUCAGACAGAAGUACCCUAGGCCUUAGCAGCUAGCUAGCUGGUGAAUAGCUCUGGCCCCAUCCAAGAAAAACAUCUUUCCAGUUUUUAGAUAACUUAAGUUUGCUUCACCAUGUACCUGGUGUUCUGUUAUGUAUCUUGUAAGAAAAAUAAUAUGUGCUGUAGUGUUGUACUUCAUUCUGGAUGAUUCCCAUAUAUAUAUAAUAUCGCCUCACCAUUUGUAGCA